AGUUGUUGAACAAGAGCUGGUUAGCAUACAAGAGUGGCUUGGAUUUACCAUAGUGAUGUAACAGAAUGUAUACUGAGAAGAUGAAGAGGUUUUACAGGCCCUGCUCCAGUACUAAGGAUGGUCUCAGUCUACCGUCAUACGAUGCCCUGGCCCGGAUCCUCUCAGACAACACCACUACAGCUCCAGCUGGGGAAACAGAGGAGCCACAGACGUAUCAGAAACACACUCCACACAAAAAAGCUCCUCUCCCUGACUUUGUGGAUGAUCUUCAAAGCAAAGAAGUGGAGAACUACCGAACAGCGAUGCGUAAAAUGGCGGAGGACAUCAUAGCCCUUAGGACCCAGGUGGUAACCUUGGGAACGGACAACAGCCAACUCCGCAGUGACCUCACGCUGCACCAGGACCUAGGGCGCCACCUUUUGGACGACACUGAUGUAGCCGUCAUGACCAAGGCAGAGAUCGCUGACCGGAUAGCCUCUCUGAAGUUUAAGCUGGCUAGUGAGAGCAGCAAGGCUUCAGCUCAGAGAGACAAGAUACAACAGCUCCAGAAUGAUCUGAUCAGGAAGAAUGACAGUGAAAAGGAGUUGCUGCGUCUCCAGAGAGCUCACCAGCAGCAACAGACCGUCCUACAGCGAUACCACAGGACUGUCUCCAAGACUGCAGGCCUGGAGGCCACCGUUAAACAGCAGGAGAAGAUCAUUGAGAAGAUGGAGAAGCUUCUGGACAACACACUGGCAGAGAAGAGCAAGGGCAAUGCAGAGAGGAAGAGGAAGAUGAAACCAACAGGCGAGGAGGAUAACAGGAAGGAGAUAGCGACAGCAGCAGAGAACAGUCGACUCAGAGGAGAACUGGACAAGAUACAUUCCCAACCUCCACAAGCUGCCAUCAUCAUACAGCCUGCACAGGUGUUCCCAGACAGAGAGAGGCUGAGUCUGCUCAGUAAGCUGGAGAAGGCAGAGACCAGAGUACGAACACUUGAGAAACAGCUGGAAGACAACUCGAAGCGAUGGGGCAAACAGAAACAAGACAUGCUGACCAGACUCAGUGAACACAUCUACGGUUUGGAUCGCACGUUAUCCACCAUCGUCCAUGAGCUACCCCUGAAGAGUGUGUCAGAUUCUGUGCUGGAGCGUACCCGACAAAGAGAGCUGAAGCCGGUGAAGAAGUGACCCUACCUCCCAUACUUGACCUCUAACCCCUGACUACCUGUGUGUCUGUCUCCUUCAGAAGAGUCUGACCUCCAACCCCCGACCUCCCGACUACCUGUGUGUCUGUCUCCUUCAGAACAGUCUGCCCUCUAACCCCAACCUCCCGACUACCUGUGUGUCUGUCUCCUUCAGAACAGUCUGACCUCUAACCCCCGACCACUUGUGUGUCUGUCUCCUUCAGAAGAGUCUGACCUCUAACCCCCGACCACCUGUGUGUCUGUCUCCUUCAGAAGAGUCUGACCUCUAACCCCCGACUACCUGUGUGUCUGUCUCCUUCAGAAGAGUCUGACCUCUAACCCCGACCUCUCGGCUACCUGACCUACUCAACAUACAGACCUGAUACCCAGCUAACACCCCAAGACAAAGUCAUUAAUU